GAGGAGCUGCGAGAGCCAAUGCUGUCUCAACGCAUCCUCAGAUACUCCACUCAGCUCGGGUCAAGGCAAAACGGUGUUCCAAGCCGAGAUCGACGCUGCCGCCGAGCUCGCCGACUUCCUAAGAUUCAAUGCGUACUUCUGCAAGGAGCUGGUCAAAUAUCAGCCAAUCAGUCCUGAUGCUACGAUCACGCUGAACCAGUACAGGCAGCGGGGAAUCGAGGGAUUCUUCACGGCUAUCUCACCUUUCAACUUCUCUGCCAUCGGCGGCAAUUUGGCAUCUGCUCCGACUUUGAUGGGGAACGUAGUUGUAUGGAAACCGUCGGAUGCCGCUGUGUUAUCCAACUACCUAAUAUAUAAGAUCUUCUUGGAGGCUGGAUUUCCUGCUGGAGUGAUCAACUUCGUCCCAUCAGAAGGAAGAACUUUCGGGGACGUCACGAGUAGACAUCCCGAUUUGGCGGGAGUCAACUUCACGGGCUCUGUUGGAACAUUCAGAACGAUAUGGAAGCAGAUCGCUUCGAACCUCGAUGGCAUGAGGAGUUUUCCUCGACUCCUCGGCGAAUGCGGAGGGAAGAAUUUCCACUUCGUACAUCAGUCGGCGGACAUCGAUUCCGUGGUCGCACAGACUACCCGGUCCGCUUUUGAGUACAGCGGUCAGAAGUGCAGUGCAUGCGAACGUCUGUACGUGCCAGAUUCGAUUUGGCCCAAGAUCAAAGAAGGCCUGAUAGAAGCCCAGAAGCGACUGAAAGUCGGAUCUCCCUUGGACUUCUCCACUUUCACUUCGGCUGUAAUCGAUGGACAAGCCUACGCGAAAAUCUCGAGCUAUUUGGACUACGCAAAGUCAAAGCAUUCAUUGCUCGCUGGAGGCGGCGUCGACUCGACGCGCGGCUGGUACAUCGAUCCCACCAUCGUUCAAGUCCACGAUCCAGAUGACCGACUCAUGAAGGAAGAAAUUUUCGGCCCGGUUUUGAGCGUCUACGUGUACGAUGCGAAAGACUGUCGACAUGCCAUGCAGAAAGCGCUCCACACAGCUCCUUUCGGGCUGACCGCCGCCAUAUUCGGGAAGGACCCUGGUUGGCUUGAGAAAGCCACUGAGUACCUUAAGCAAGCGGGUGGUAAUUUUUACAUUAACGACAAAUCUACCGGCGCUGUGGUCGGGCAGCAGCCCUUCGGUGGUUCUCGGAUCUCGGGGACGAAUGAUAAGCCUGGGGGUCCGCACUAUCUCCUCCGGUUCAGCUCACCGCAGACUGUCAAGCAAACACUGGUCCCGCUGACCGAAAUCGAUUAUCCGUACAUGAGACCUUAGGAAUGACUGGUUCCAGAGACGAAUCCAUCUUGUUAUUGUGUCACUAGAUCCGCGUCUCGACACUACUGGCUCUGUUGUUCUCGGUGAGAAUGGUCACCAACUAUCAGGCUCGAUCCGACUGAGAUCGCUCGAGGUUUUCGUGGAGCCAAGUUAUUCAAUUAUAUCGAAGUUCGCAACUUUUUAUGGAAUGCCUGAUGGUGACGAGACCACCAACUUUAUGUGAUUGUGCGAUGGCUACGGAGAGAAUGGGGCGAGGGAUCUCUUAGUUCGAGAUCACUCUCUCGAGGACGAAACCCCUUCCGCGCUGAUCGGAGGGCCCGAUGAGUAGAAUGUUCCGAUCAGACGAGUUUUCAUUGAUGGAAUCUUGGUUCGCUCUCUAGAGCAGUGGUUCUAAAACUUUUUCUGCCACGGAACCCCUAGGGCCUAAGGGUUCCGUAGGGGUUCCGCAGGUAGACUCUGGGGUUCCGCGCAAUCCGCCACGGAACCCCACGGGAUCCGCGGAACCCAGCUAGAGAAACACUGCUCUAGAGUUUCUCCGACUUUUCCUGAGACGACGGGGCGUGCUGAUUUGUCUAUCGGACCUUUAUAUGAGCAGUCAAAUGAUGCUGCAUCGAGCUGAAUAAAUACAUGCCCCGAGA